AUGUCGCACUCGUCAGCCACUGACACAACCCCUUCCGCCCAGGUCGAUGCUGCCGAAGCAGCUCGUCUCAAGCGCGAAGCACGCAAAGCUCGCAUCCUCAGCAAAGGUUCUCACCGUCUCGCCCGAAUCACCAACACUGGUCGUGGUGAAGGUGCGUCCGCCUAUCUCAAAGACAACUCUCCUUCCCUACCCUCCACUCCUCAAUCCAACACAAGCCCUGCCGAUCCUCUCGCAACAAGAGCCGAUGACGAAGACCCUCUCGAAGUAGACGUCUCCACCCUCCCUCUCCAAGCCGGCGCACCACGAGGAGAAGAAGCCACCAACCCAUUCGCAAUGUUCGGCGAUGCACCAGGACAGGGACAGCAGCAGAACCCAAUGGAAGCUUUGAUGGCCAUGAUGCAAGGUGGUGAUGGUGGUGGUGGUGGUGGUGGUGGUGGUGGUGGUGGUGGUGGAGGACCAUUUGGAAAAGGAGGACUUGGAGGAUCUGGAUCAGAUGGACAACAACAACAACCCGAUAUGUCUGGCCUCCCACCACAACUCGCAGCCAUGAUGCAGCAAUUCGGUGCUGGCGAUACAACGGGUCCAGGCACUCCAACAGCAACGCAAAAAAAGUCGAUCUCAGAACGCGCAUUCGACCUCCUCCAAGCUAUCCUCGUCCUCGCCCUAGCCCUCCUCGCAGCCAAAUCAUCUCUCUUGGACUUUGACCGAUCCUCGCCCGCGCCCGAUGCAGUCGACGAUGCAUUCGAAAAGAUCACUCCCAACUGCAUCUCUUGCGCUCCCACAAACACAUUGCGUAGAUGGGCAAGAUUAGGCUACCAACGUCCAUCAGCUGAAGAAUGGGCUUCAGUCUCUCGCUCAUCAACGACCUCUUUUGUUACUUCAGCUAUGCUGCCAGCUCGACUUUCGACUUUGCCGCUAUUUUGGAUCUUGCUUUCGCUCGAGAUUGUGCUUCAAGCAACACGCAUUGCUAUCUUCUCACGCAAGACUCGUCCUCCUCCGAGUAUGUUGGCUAUGCUAGCAGGCAUGCUUCCAAUUCCGAAUCUAGGCUUGAUGAUCAGCUUGCUCAGCAGAUAUCUGACGCUGGUCAAUGCGUUUAUUAACGAUCUAUCCUUGUUGGUGUUUGUGUUUGGUGUAACGGUGUUAUGGAGCGGACACAAGUUGGGAGGUGUGGCUAUGUUGCAAGCUGAUCUUCUACCGGCUUUUAUACAUGAUGAGUUCUAG